AUGCAAUCUCAGUACAAUCUGAUGAUGGAAGGGGUUGAUGUGAAGGAUCCAAAAACAACGGAAAGUGUGGCAUUUGAUGGGAAAUCAAUGGGGGAGAUUGUGUUCAGAGGCAACACUUUGAUGCUGGGUUAUCUAGAGAAUUCAAAACCAGCUCAUGAGGUUUUCAUGGGUGGAUGGUAUAGGACUGGUGACCUGGCAGUUAGGCAUCCAGAUGGGUACAUUCAGAUGAAAGACAGGGCAAGGGAUAUCAUUUUUUGUGAAGGUGAGGUUAUCAGCACCCUUGAGGUGGAGGCAGUUUUGCUGAUUCAUCCGCAAGUUUUGGAGGCUGCUGUUGGGGGAAAAUAUGAUGAGGUUUUGGGGGAGACUCCUUGUGCUUUUGUGAAGUUGAAGGAGGGCUGGGUCAACACGGGCGGCAGACCGCUCGGGCUCGCUUUCGGACUUUACAAUGAAGUUGUCGUCGCUGAUGCCGAUAAGGGCCUGCUGAAUGUAACAAGUGGGGGUGAGGUGAUGCUGCUGACAGACGAGGCUGAGGGUGUAAAAUUUGGAAUUACAGACGGUGUAGAUGUAGCUGUGGAUGGUACGAUUUAUUUCACAGAUGCUUCAUACAAGUACAACUUAAAACACUUUGUUUGGGACAUUUUGGAGGGUCGGCCUUAUGGUAGAUUCGUGAGCUAUGACUCAGCAACCAAACAGACCACAGUGCUGGUUCGUGAUCUCUACUUUGCUAAUGGACUCGUGGUUUCACCGGAUCAAAGCCACGUAAUCUUCUGUGAAACCCCCAUGAGGCGAUGUAGAAAGUAUUACGUACAAGGGGAGAAAAAGGGAAGUGUGGAGACUUUUAUUGAUCAGCUGCCAGGCUUGCCAGAUAACAUCAGAUAUGAUGGAGAGGGCCAUUACUGGAUUGCAUUGUUAAUGGCACCUACAUUGGCUUGGGAUUUAGCUGUUAGAUAUCCUUUCAUCAGAAAAGUUAUGGGAAUUAUGGAGAAGUAUACAGGGAGACCCAAUGUAGAGAAGAACGGUGGCGUUUUGGCCGUUGAUUUAGAUGGAAAUUUGAUUUCACAUUAUUAUGAUCCAGGAUUGUCUUUAGUUUCAAGUGUGAUCAAGAUUGGAAAUCACAUUUUCUGCGGCUCGGUAUUCCAUCCUUACAUGCUUCGCCUCAACAUUCAACAAUACCCAGCAAUGGAUGUUGCUUGAGGAACAAGCAGCUACUAUAUAUAAUGCGGUACGAAACACAUUUUCUCUGUUAUAUAUAUCCCUCAACAUAAAUGAGGUGGGCUAAAUUUAUCUUACAUAAAGGGAUUACGUGUGAAGGGGUAUUAUGAAUAGGCUUAGGUGGGUUAUAUUAUGCAACAAAAUAUAAACAAUUUAGAAAUGUAAGAAAUAAAAU